GUAAUCUCGCGAUGCUUUGCCCGGCCUCAACAUGUCGGACUGCACGUGUUUACGGGCGGAAGUGCGCGUUUCUACCUACUUCCGGUUUCCGCUGCUCAUCGGUACAGCACCAUGGAAGCGACAGAACCCCGGAAACUUCCACGUGUCCCCGAGAAUCUUCUGAAGAAAAGGAAGAAAUAUCAGGGUCUUAAGGCAGCGGAGGCCAAGAGAGCUCUAGAGGAAAAGAGAAAGAUUCAGCCGGGAAAGCAGAUAAAAUUUAAACGUCUUGAAAGCUUUGUGAGAGACUCCAGAAGAAAGAUGAGAGACGACUGCAGGUUACGCAGAAUGCAGAUCUAUAAGAAGCAGAUUCCCAACAUUUCCAGCGAGAAGCUCGCCUUUGUAGUGAGAAUUACCGAGUACGUUGCCGUAGUGACACAUGUUGUGUACGCCUUUGUAGUGAGAAUUACCGACAUUCAGGGUGUGAACCAGCACGUGCUCAGAAUCAUCAAAAUCUUUAGACUGGGAAAGAUUUUCUCUGGCGUUUUUGUGAAGCUGACCCCAGAAUCUUUGAAGAUGAUACAAGCGAUUGAGCCGUACGUGGCAUGGGGUAUCCCAAACUUGAAAUCUGUACGAGAACUCAUCUUAAAACGUGGACAAGGAAUGGUGAAAGGCAAAAAGAUGCCUCUAACGGACAACAAUAUGAUAGAAGAGCAGUUGGGGCAAUUUGGAAUCAUCUGCUUAGAAGAUGUGAUUCAUGACCUAUAUUCAGCAGGAAGCAACUUUACAGCUGUAAAUAAGUUCCUGUGCCCCUUCCAGUUGUCUAUAGCCCGUCACGCAGGCAUUAACAGGAAAGGUUAUCUCACUGAAGUUGGCGAUCCUGGAAACCGAGGUGUUGGCAUUAACCAGCUUAUACGAAAGCUCAACUAAAGGCUCUCCUCACACGUUUGGCUCACCAGUGCCCUUUGAAGUGACUUUCAGUGAUUUAUUGGAACAUCGAUAGUUCUACAGGUAUUCAUUCAGAUGCUUCUUGAGCACAGCGGAUUGCUACAUGAAGACUUGUAAGCCAUGGAGCGGCAGGACCCCCCAACUCUUCUGGACAUCUGACUUGUGACGCCUUCAAACUUUAUCUGUCAGAGUAAAUGUACAUUACCUGUAAAGAAUUUGACAUUUUACCUGGACUCAUGCGGCCAUGGACUAUGGUAAAGGAGUACUUUCAUAGUGUAUAUAACAUUAUGUCUGCCUGAUUCACAUGGUAUCAGGAACUUUCUUGAUUUAUUUUUUAUUUUUAUGUAAAUUAAAGUUUAUAUUAUACCUCUA